AUGGCUCCAGCAACUGAACAUGAAAAUACAGAAAACAAUAAAGUAAUUCUAGGUGCUACAGGAGUCACUGAUUUACAAAUUGUUAAACAAGUAUUAGAACGAGACUAUCAAAUAACAGCACCUCUAAGAAUUAAUAAACCUUUUAUUGAAAAAAAGUCAAAACUUAGUGAAAAUCAUUAUUAUUUUCUUGAUCUAUCAACAGCAAAAUGUAGUUUGCUUUAUGUUAGAUAUAUUGAAAAAUAA